CACACACACACACACACACACACACUGAUUGACACACACACACUGAUUGACACACACACACACACACACACUCAGAGCGGCAGGAUGGCGACGAAGUGGAUCGCAGAGAAAAUGGGAGACAUGGUGGAGGACGCCGUGAAGAAAGCGCUCGGUAAAGACGACGAGGACGAGGACAAAGAUGACGAGGGAGGAUUCUUCUCCAAGAUCUUCGACAGAGACGACGACGAGGAGAAGAGGAGGAAGCUGCGAGAGAAGGAGAGGGAGAAGGAGAAGGAGGACGAUAAAGGAUUCUUCUCAAAGAUCUUCCACCGUGGCGAUGAUGACGAUGAUGACGAAGGCCGCGAGAAGAAAUCUGGGUUCUCUGGACUGUUCUGUGAGCUGGAAGGACCUCCGGGAGGAACCGGAGAACAGGGCGGAGGAACGAGCGUGGGGAUCAACGACGGAGACUUGCUGAGCGACCUGAUGGAAGUGGCCGAGGAAACGUCUAAAGGGAACUGAUCCUGAGAAGACGGAUAUAUAUUUAAUGUUUAACGUACCUUUAACAUCUUGUGUUUAAAUAUUAUAUUUGUUUGUUCAGAUAAAAACUCCUGAGAGUCUAAUUUCAUUUCGUGGUUAGCGCAGCUUAGCAUAAAGGAUUAACAUGUUAAAAAUGUGUUUUAGUUAUUCUGGUUUAGCACUUGCAGAAUAUUAACCGGCAGUUUUUCUGAAUUUUGAGAAAAAAAUCUGAGUUUUGAGAAAACAAUUAAAAA